GAAUGGAUUAGAAAGUCAAUAAGAGCACAAGAAAGGUCAAUAUGACAUAGGGAAUAGGCCAACACGUCUCUAUUGUCAUCAACUGCAACACUUGAUCAUCUUUUUCACUUCAUAACAACUCCUUCUCAGAAAUUUUCAAUUUUCUUCAUUUCAAAUACUUUUCCACUUUCAUCAAAUUCAUAUUUUUCACAAAUUUUUGAGGUUUCAUUUCAUGGACUCGUUUUGGGAGAACCAUAAAGCGCUAUGAGCAAAUCCAACAAUUUCUUUCAUAAUCUCAUAAAGCCCUUCAAAUUUGGUUCUACCAGAGAGGGAAAUAGUGAAGACGAUAUACAGAACAUAGCUACACAAGAGCAAAGGACAUUUUCAUAUGAAACAUUGGUUGCUGCUACCAACAACUUUCAUGUUCAUAACAAACUUGGUCAGGGAGGCUUUGGACCUGUCUACAAGGGUAAAUUGAAUGAUGGGAGAGAGAUAGCGGUGAAGAAGUUAUCACGUGGUUCAAAUCAAGGGAAGACACAGUUUGUUGCGGAGGCAAAGCUGCUGACUCGUGUGCAGCACCGUAAUGUGGUGAAUUUGUAUGGUUAUUGUAUCCAUGGCAGAGAGAAGCUUCUUGUGUAUGAGUAUGUCCCUCUUGAGAGCCUUGACAAGUUCCUAUUCAGAUCAAACAAGAAACAAGAGCUAGAUUGGAAACGUAGAUUUGACAUAAUCAAUGGAGUGGCAAGAGGCUUACUUUAUCUUCAUGAAGACUCUCAUAUUUGCAUUAUCCAUCGUGACAUAAAAGCAGCCAACAUUUUACUUGAUGAAAAAUGGGUCCCUAAGAUCGCUGACUUUGGCUUGGCUCGUCUCUUUCCAGAAGAUGAAACUCAUGUCAAUACACGUGUGGCUGGAACACAUGGAUACAUGGCUCCGGAGUACUUGAUGCAUGGACAUCUAUCUGUGAAGGCAGACGUGUAUAGCUAUGGAGUUUUGGUGUUGGAGUUGAUCUCCGGUCAUCGAAACUCCUCCUCGGAUUCAGCCUUCAAUGGAGACAAUCUCCUUAAUUGGGCAUACAAACUAUACAAGAAAGGGAAGUGGUUAGAAAUGGUGGAUCCCACAGUGGCAUCUUCUGUGGCAACCACCGAGCAAGUGGAAGUGUGCAUUCGAGUGAGUCUGCUGUGCACGCAAGGAGAUCCACAACUUCGUCCAACGAUGGGGCGUGUUGCGUUGAUGUUAUCAAAGAAGCCUCCAAGUCACAUGGAAGAACCAACGAGACCAGGUAUGCCCGGUUCCAGAUACAGAAGAGCAUUGCCUCGUAGUCAUACACCUUUCACUACUGAUGAUGAGAAUUCAUCUGCUUCACACAUUGAUUCCAGCAAUUGUGACACUAUUACUACUGCUACUACUACCACCAAUUCCACUUCUUCUGCAACAAGAACAGCCUCUGCUACUGCACAAGUAGACUCCCGAGGGAAACGUCCAAUGUUUCCUUGAUGUUAUCAUUUGAUCAUUCUUUUCUCUCAUUGGAGAGAUUUCCGGCUAUAUAUGAUUCUUUUGUUGUUUCUUGUAGCAUAAUUUUUGUUUUACAUGUGUAAAUGUUAUUAGGAGUAGGUCAAGAAUGAUGGAUUCAAAUCAAAUGUGUGCUUUUUUUGUUCCUUCUUUUGCCUUCCUUCAACGGUAUAAGGUUAGCUUCAAUGGUGAAGUGACAUGACAUACUACAACAAAACUGUUGAAUAGCUACAAACAAUUUUACUGAUUGAAUAUUUUUGACAUAACUUUAGCAUCAA